AUGUUGCCAUCCGGAUUGGUCAACCCAAAGUGUUUGAACUUGGUGGGAUCCGGUGUUGUUAUCCACGUGCCUUCUUUCUUUGAAGAGUUGGAGAACUUGGAGAAGAAGGGCUUGCAAGGCAGAGACCGCUUGUUCAUUUCGUCAAGAGCCCACUUGGUUUUUGACUUCCACCAAAGAACGGACAAGUUGAAGGAGGCUGAGCUUUCUGAAAACAAAAAGUCCAUCGGAACCACUGGUAAAGGUAUUGGUCCCACCUACUCUACCAAGGCUUCUAGAUCUGGAAUCAGAGUCCACCACUUGGUUUCUGAAGAGCCAGAGGCUUGGGAAGAAUUCAAAAACAGAUACUACCGCCUCGUGGACACCAGAAUGAAGAGAUACGGCGACUUUGACUACGACGCCGAAGCCGAAUUGGCCAGAUACGCAAAGUACAGAGAGUUGCUUCGUCCUUUUGUUGUGGACUCUGUUCCUUUCAUGCACAAGGCCAUUGCUGAGAAGAAGAAGAUUUUGGUUGAAGGUGCCAACGCCUUGAUGUUGGAUUUGGACUUUGGUACUUAUCCAUACGUCACUUCCUCGGCCACCGGAAUCGGUGGUGUUUUGACCGGUUUGGGUGUUCCGCCAAAGGCUAUCCGCAACGUUUAUGGUGUGGUGAAGGCUUACACCACUAGAGUCGGCGAAGGUCCUUUCCCAACUGAGCAAUUGAACGAGGUGGGCGAAACCUUGCAGAAUGUCGGCGCUGAGUACGGUGUUACUACUGGUAGAAAGAGACGUUGUGGCUGGUUGGACUUGGUUGUGUUGCAAUACUCGAACAACAUCAACGGCUACACUCACUUGAACAUCACCAAGUUGGACGUUUUAGACUCCUUCAAAGAGAUUAAGGUUGCUGUGGCGUACCACUACAAGGGCCAAAAAUUGGACUCGUUCCCAGAUGACUUGGUCAAGUUGGGCAAGGUCGAUGUGGAGUACGUUACUUUGCCUGGUUGGGAGCAAGACAUUUCCAAAAUCACAAAGUACGAGGACUUGCCUGAGAACGCCAAGAAGUACUUGGACUUCAUUGAGAACUUCUUGAAUGUUCCAGUGAAAUGGGUCGGCGUUGGCCCUGCUCGUGAGUCCAUGUUGGUCAAGCCAUAG